GCGCGCCGCACAGCCACGGAUUCGCUUGUCUCUCACACGAUUCCUCAGUGAGACGCGCGGCUGGCUCCGACACGAGCCACGCAACGAUUAAUCGGCCAUAUUCGUCGAUCCGGGAAACCAUUUCGAACAUACCGCGACGCGACAACCGCGACUCCGCGAUCGAACGCGCGAUUUCCAAGCGAGCGAGCGAGCGAACGAACGAAUCCGCAAGCAAAACACGAAGAGUCACCUGCGCGCGUGACACGACCGAGAGGAUCGAAGAAGAAAUACUCCUCGCCUCCUCGAGUCUGCUGCACGAGAAAGUUCCGCGAAAAAGUGCGCGCAUGUGUGUAUUGGUAAGGUCAGAAAAUUGGAUCUGCGAUUUCAACGGAGACUCGCAGUGUGUAUGUGUGUGUCGGUGUGUGAUAAACUGCUCUCCCAGGGGAUCAGUAAAAAUGUUUCGGGUUAUAUCAGUGAGAGUAGCAUUUCACCGAUAGUCAGUGAAUAUUCACUGAUUUUCAGCGCAAACACUCAUCACUUUAUCACCGCCCUGUCUCAUAUCUCACUGAUUUCCACCUGUGGAAGUGAGAUUUCGCCGCAAAAAUUCGCUACACGCUGCGACAAAUUCAACUUUCUGUAUCUGUGAUGAUAGAAUUAUCGGCUUGCAUACAACUUGGGUGCAACGACACUGAUCCGUGUUCGCAAAUUGCACUAAUAAUAGCAACAGUCGCCGCUACCAACUGAUUCUUUCAGCGAAGCUCCGAUCGCAGUGCUAUAUUUUUCACUGAGAGAACCAUCAGUUGUGUGAGUACAGUAUUUCAAGGAAAGAAUACAUCGAUUGCACCGUAGAGAACGACGUUUCCGUCCAUCGUCACAGAUCGUCUCGCGUCCGUUACCGUCUCGUUAUUAAACGCACGUCAGUGUAAACGGCAUGCACAGUGACACGUGACAAAUAGCCGGGAGAAAAUUUCGCCGAGGCUCGAACGGGAGUUACGCGCUCUCAUUGCAGCCGCAUGCAUCAGCGAAACGUAUUUCAUAACGUCGCCCGUCGCCAGAGAUACAGACGCGCGUAAAUACUCCGCGGCGCACACGUGCGGUAUCAUUUCGUGAGCAGCCGCUUUUCUUGCAAAUUACGAGCGGCGCGCUGGAACGGCGCGGAAGAUGGAUCUGCGACGAAUCCGCCCGCGACGCGAGACGUGACGUGACGCGAAAGCGCGUCGUGUGCAUCCUCUGUCCCUGCGAGGAAAGAGGGAAAGGAAGAAAGACCCCGUCGUCGUCGUCGUGGGGCUCUGGACGCAGUCGCCGCGAAUUUUGACCGUCUGCCAAGUCCGCGAGGUCGCGUUACAUAAGCGCGAUGUAACGCGCGAACUUGGACCGAACAAGAACGCUUUUCACAGUCCCGCCGUCUCUUGCAAUCGUGCUCGUCGCCGAUCAUAUGACCGCGCGCGCGCGCGCGGCGAUUCGAAUGCCGCGACGCAAGAAGCUGCGUGUACUAUACGCAGCUACGCUAUUCAUGGUCGCUCAGCAAACGGUACUGCUGCAGUUUUGAAUCGCAGCUUAUCGAGGGAGAACGGCCCAACGACGGCAGAUCGCCGAUCGCCUCUCGAACGACGGAUGAGUGACCGCGCGACGCUGCUGUGACUUUGUGCGCGCGAUUCGCGAGAGAUUCAACAGCUUAUCAAUUUGUCUACAUAUAUGUAUUAAAUCGCAUUGUCAGAGUGCAAAAAAGUUUUCAAGGAGCAAGCAAGGAGAAUACUACUCGGCUAAAUAUGGUCGCCACAACCAUAUGUUCUUCUUCGCCUAUGCAUAUAAAAUGGUUGCAGUGGCCAUAGUACUCUGCGCAAGUGGCACACUGGCGGCCUUUCUUGUCGUCUACCCAUGACGUGUUUCAGCGGUGUUCUCAGUGCUGUAUAGUGUAAAAGGAAUUUACGUAUCUGUUCCGCGGAUCACAACAGAGAGACGACGAUAUUCCUUCGACUAAAGCAGCUGUACAUGAGGAUAUACUGAUAACUGAACAUCACGUGUCACGAGAACUAUGUGAGAACUGUAUCGAUGAGCAUGUAACGAUAGCGACCUUUACUGCGAUAUUCAUUUCACUCAAAAUCACACGAAUUCUCUUUCUGAAUAUGUGGGUGUAGCAACCCCCCUCCCCCUCUUCUCCUCGACAAAGCGGCUUUCUCCGUAUAUUAUUUGAAAUAUUUUGCGUACGAGGAGUCAUCUGACGGGUGAACGGCCACUACGUGAACGAGAGGGAGCGGACGCUUCGGCGGAACGAGACAACAGUUUGCGCCGCGGGAUCCAUAAAAUUCAGCGAGGCAAGGCCCGUUAAGAAGUCCAGACGACGAACCCGCUCGGGACGUGGAAUUAAUCGGGACGAUCAGGCGGGCGAGUGGUUUUUCUCGCAGAUUGCACGAGCGAGCGAGAAAGAGACAGAGGGAGAGAGAUAGAGAGAGAGAGAGAAGAAGAAGCGAGAAGAGCGAGAGAACCGGGACCAUGAAGAACGCCCAUCCGAUCAUCAGCGCGACGGCUUCCAGUCCGGUCGGUCCGGAUUCCACGGGCCUCGACGAGCCGGCGGAGCCGAUCAUCCGGCUGAAGCUGCAGAAACCGCUGCACUGGGAGUGGGAGCUGACGACGUCCGCCGACGCGCUUCCCGUCAUCCAGCUGUUGGACAAGGACGGCCGGCUGCUGGUGGAAACCACCGGCAAAACGGCACAGCGGGCCAGAGGCUCCUUCAAGGAAGGUCUAAGGACCCACGAGCAAUUCCCCACCGACGAGCGCACCAGCUCGAAGACGGAACAGACGCCGCCGUCGUCGUCAACGACGUCGUCCUCCGUCUCGCACGUCACGGCGGCGCCGUUCCAGGGCAACCGCAACAUCGACGGCUUCAGCAGCAAAUUCGGUACGUGCAACUUUGUGCCGAGGAAGUCCCGAAGCGACGUGAACGUCAGCGAGGGACGCAGUAGGAAAAGACACUCACCCGCGGUGAAGAGCUCGACGAUGAGGACAAACGGCGAGGGGAGCGUCGAUGGGAUGACGACGGGACUCAAGAGAUACUCGGCGGGGGACUACCUACGGCAGCAGAUCAUGGACGACCUACGUACGCGCAGCACGAUCGGCAAGAGCCCGGAAGAGAUCGCCAAAGACAGAUGCAGGAAGGUCAAGGCGUAUUUGAGGAGCCAAAGCGAGACCCUGCUAAGCUUGGUGCGCGAAGAGGAACACGACGGAGACGAGAUAGUGGACCACCCUGAGACCAGGACGCUCGGCGAGAGCGCCGAAGGUCGCAGGGUGAGGAGAAGCGACACCACGGAGAGACGAGCAUAUCUUGAGGAAAAGGAAGCGAAGAAAGAAGGGAACAAUAAAGCAAAGCUCUACUCGCGCACUCGCAGCGCCGGGAUACCGAGCUCCGUGGACUCGACGAGGGCGGACAAGCCGAACGAAGGGGACAGACUCGUCCGCAGGAUAAAGGGCGACAUGAACGAGGAGGAGCUGGCGAAUAUCAAGGCGUUCCUGCGCGAGAAGAUACAGCGGCGAAUGAAUAUGGAACAGGCGCGCUCGAGGUCGGACGUUCGCGCCGGCGUCCCGGAAGCUGUCGAGAACGUCGGUAUCAGGAAGAGAUACUCGGACUACAGUCACGGGAACGAUCGCAGGAACUACAGGACGCGGAAGGUACGCAGCGAAACGAGCAUCAUCCGAUUCGAUCCCGAAGUGCUCGAAAGAGAGAUGCUCAAGUCCAGCAAGCAGCUCGAAAAAGAGAAGCCAACGAAUGGCGAAGGAUCCCCGGAAAAUCCGCCGCUUCAAAGACAAUCACGAAACUAUCGGCGAUCGCGCAGCGACGCCUUGGUCGAAAUCGCGGAACCGGACGAUCGAUCCAAGUCGCAGUUGAAGAGAGAAUCAUCGAGUCUAGAGAGGAGGAAGCUCUAUCGAAAAACCAAGAGCGACGUUCUACUCGGACAAGCGGCGGCCAACGCGGAAUCUGCCUGGGACCUCGGCAAUCCCCCAAGACGUAUAAGGAGCCAAGAGAACGUGGAAAGGUCAUGGAGGGAGUUUAAAGAGAGGAAGAGGAGCGAGAGGCUUCGCAAGGAAUCGGAGAGAGAAGUGCCCGAAGAGGACUUUAUGAGCAAGCCGAGAUGGAAGGACCUGCAACGCGAUAUCUGCUCCUCGCGUAACUGCAAGGUAUGCCAGAACCUGAGAAACUGCGUGGACCCACUUCCCGAGCGAUCUCGUCGCGCUCGCCGAGAAAACGAGGUCGCCGAGCUGUCGUCGUCCGCCGAUACCGCUGCUGCGAAACUCUCCGACGAGACCUCGUCGACGAGCAGCAGCAGGCCCAGCACCAGCUUGCAAGAGAACUACCUGCUCGUCGACGAGGACGCGGACGGAUGUCAGUCGCCGAUCGUUGCUAAGAUCCAAGUGAAAGAUCGCGGCAACGACGUCGGCAGCGUGUCCGCGAUGAACGUCAAUUCCCCCGACUUCGGCUACAACUCGAUUCCCAAGAGCGCCUUCAACGACUACCGGGAGCUGUACGCUCGCUCCAACGUGAAGAAAAGCGACACCUUCAAGAUCAUCGACGGAAGCGAGGAGCUGGAGGAACGAGCCGAGCAAUCCGAUUCGAAGAUAAAUGGUGACGUUUCCGACAGCGAUCUCGGCUACCUGAACGGCGUGGGCACGUUGGCCAACAAAUCGAACGAGGACAUCACCAGGGAUUACUUCAAGCGAGUUUACGAACUGCUCAAGAGGAGGCAAGAGGAGGCGCGGAAAUCGACGGACGGAGGCCGUGAGCUUCCGAGCCGCGACGACUCCUCGUCCUCAAAUUACGUCGAGGAGAUGCAGAGAGAGAGACAUCGCCGCCGGAGGAAGGACAAAAGCCCACAAGGUGAGGAAGUGGUGACGGUGCCGUCGACCAGCGGUGGUCAGGAGGGCUGGAAGGUGCAGCGGCUGUCGGUGAGCAGCACCGAGUCGCCGCAAUCCGUCAGUCGUCGCCGCGGCUGUCGGCCGCAGUUGCAGGCCGUUUCCGGCGGCAAGAGGAACAGACCAGCGCCACCCCCGCCGCCGAUCUCCUGCAGGGUCAAUGUCAAGAACGUCGACAGGUACUUCGAUUGGCCGAAUAAGGAGAACACUCCUGGCAAUGCCGUGAAUCGGCGCGAGGACGAGCAAGCAAACCAGGCCGCGAUCGAGGAGCCAACAAUGGGCUCGAAUUUGAGCAGGCACAACGGAAAGGGCCUCACUGGCCGACGCACUCAGUCCUCCGGGAAUCUCUGCGAUCCCAAGGGGAAGCUCAACAGUAUGGGGAAGAUUCUGGUGCCCUGUUCCAGCGCGCAGAGGGAAAGAUACAAAUUUUGCGGCUCGCUGCCGAAUCACCUGGACGAUAAGGAUGUGCUGGACGACGAUCGGCGGGAUAACAAUAAUAUCAUGUCCGACACUAUCGGCGGAAAUUUCGGCGGCACGUUACCUCACAAGAAACGAUCGUUAGGGGUGCACUUCUCGGACAGCGGGCCAACCGGCACUCUGGAUCUCGUUAAACACCGAUCGCAGGACUCCCUGGACGAGAACGAUCCUUGGAGGUACCAGCAAAGCGAUCUCGAUCUGGUGCGGUGUCGUCACGGUAACUUCGACUCGGUGAAGAGGAAUCGCAGCACCGACACGGCGCACGGCGACUCCGGCAGGAGAUAUGGCCGCGGCGCGCCCAUGGAGGACAGAUGCCACCGGAACGCCGACCUUGACCUGGUCGGCACACUGCCCAAACGCAAGCAGGACACCAGGAACAGCGGCAGGAGCCUUGAAUCGAACUCGUCGUCCUCGCACCCGUGCACAGUCACGAACGCAACGACCACCAACGACGGAAACGACGACGACGAUGACGACGACUUGCUGAUGAAGAUGCUGCACAAGCCCGACUGCGAGCUGCUCAAGCAUCGUCAGCAGUUCGGCAAGUGCGUCGACUUGAAGCUGAGCAAACUGGCGAGCGGCGGAGAGCCGCAAGAUCAAGGAUACGCGUCGGAGCGUUCCCCCGAAGACGAGCAUCCCCCGUCGUUGCCCGGACAACCAUUUCCAAGCGUGACGCCAGAGAGCACAUUCCGAGUGACGCUGCAGAAGAGCAGUCGCGGUCUCGGCUUGAGCCUUUCCGGUGGUGGCACCGCUGGGCCGGUCAGGGUGAAGAGACUAUUCCCGCAACAGCCCGCUGCCCUGUCCAACAAGCUCCAGUCUGGCGACAUACUAUUGGCAGCCAAUGGCACCCCGCUCACCGGCCUCACUAAUUACGAGGCUCUCGAAGUUCUGCGUACAACGCCCAGCACGGUCGAGUUGGUGGUAUGUCGACUUCCAGGAGAUAGUAAUGUCACACCACCCGGCGCACCACCGCCACCCCCAGCAAGACGUGAGCCGCCGUCGUUACGUAUACUCAACCCCUUACCGCCCCUGCAGAUCGAGCCUUGUGGCGAAUUCGAUAUCGAGAUGACGAAGGUCGGCGGCAGCCUGGGCUUCACCCUGAGGAAGGCGGAUAGCAGCGCCCUGGGCCACUAUGUGCGGGCGCUGGUGCGGGAGCCGGCCCUCAGCGACGGCAGAAUCCGGCCAGGCGACAAAAUCGUCGCGGUGGAUGGCGCACCGUUGUCGCCGAUGACCCACGAGGAAGCGGUUCAACUGCUGCGACAGUGCGGCCCGACGGUGAAGCUGCGGCUGUACCGUGACCUGGCGCAGACCCCGGUCUCGGCACUGUCGCCCACCGAGCCCGACCACCCCCUCCGUCCACCACGAACGAGCUUGAGGCAAGAAGCCGUGGAUAUGCUGUGUGAUUUAGCGGUACGAAAGCUGUCACCGGGCACGUCGAGCGGAUCUAGCUGCAAGCAACAAUCGCCCGGUGCAUCCUGCAAUUCUCCUCGAAGGCUGCGUCGACUGGCCACGCGCACUCCCACUGCCGAAAUCGAUCAAGAAACCCCCGAGAAGUCGCACGAAGCCGUGCAAACAAUGUCGACGGGCAGCCAGGCAGAGACGUCGGACUCGGACCAGUGCUCGAUACGGACGCAGAUCACCAAUUCCCAGGCGAACACACCUGCGACCGACAUAAUCGAUCCGCCGCCGUUCUAUGACAUCUGCGACGAGCCGAGCGACGAUCCUACAAGACUAUCAAACAACGGCACUGCAGCCAGGCCGAGUUUCCUGGACCUGUCGGCGCCUCAGGGCAAGCCGCACUUCCAGUUUUGCAGCGUCGAUUCGGACAGCGAAUAUCCGGAGGAUGGUGUGAUCCUCGCCGAAGCGGAGCGCGGCCGACUGGCCGAGCCGAGCUACGACGACGACAGGAGUGUGAUGAUACUGUCGAGCGACGAGCACGACAACGACUUGCCGUCCGAGCCGGCCUCGAUGCCGCCUGUACUCUCGUCGACCAGCAGCACCAGCACUGCCGCUUUCAGUUACAAGAAUCCGGCUUAUCAGAGCGCCAAUCCGGCCUGUGGCACCAGUAGCGAUCCAACCGGCUCCAAGAGCAAAGCCACCCACUCCAGCGAUCAGGACAUACCAGGGAAGGUCCUGGGAACGGACGACCCGGGCGGUAGCAAGGGACUAUUGAAGUGGAAGGGCGUAAUGUUCGCUCCAGACGACGAAGUGGACCGGGCUGAACACGAGGAGGAAACCGGCAAGGACGUUACGGACUCAGUCAUUCCCGCUGAAGACUUUGAACAAGGCAGCGAGGUGUUCAUGGUGGAGCUGACGCGUGGGUGGAACAGUCGACUGGGCUUUAGCUUGCAGCCGGAAGGAAAUCGUACAGUGAUAUCGGUCGUACAUCCCGACAGCGUCGCAGCCAAGGAUGGUAGGCUCAAGCAAGGCGACGUAUUGAUGAUGGUUAACGAGGAGAGUGUGGAACACAUGUCAACGGCCGACAUAAUAGAUCUAUUGCGCAAGAUACGCGGUUCGAUCGGCAUCACCGUAAUGAGAAAAUCGAAACGAGAUAAUGUAACGUGACGCUAGUCCGACUCGUGAUCAAAUUGUUUCAUAGAAAAAUCGUAAAACGAAGGAAAAUCUGAUGGAUAUAUUCCUUAUCAGCGGGCAGCUACGAAUUCAAGUCUAGGCAUGAGCUUAGCGUGAAGGAAAGGUUUGUCGAAAAGCCAAGAAAAGAAACUGGUUUUUCUCAAUAAAAUUUUCAUUAGGAGAUAAAUAAUAAGAAGAGGAGGAAGAAAGAAAGAAAGAUUGAGAAGCAACUAGAAAAAUAAUUACUAAGGGAUGAAUAAAAAUGAAUGUAAAAAGAGGAAGCGCGAUAAGAAGUGUCGGAAAUUUGGUGGAUCUUCUCAAUGUCAAGAGGAAGAGUAAAUCGGCCAUUGUCAGCAACGAAGAUUAUCCGUAAAGAAGCGGGAUAAUCUCAUAGCAUUCGGAAAGCAAUGUGGAUGCCUGCGAGGAAAACAGGAUCGUCCUGGUCAAUUAUGAAAGACUGCCGUCGGAAAGGAUGACGCGGAGAAAUGCACAGAUAAUGCGCAUUCAAAUAAUGUUCUGAUGAUCAUUCGAAGAUAAGCGGGAAUCUUCUGAUGUAGGCCAAGCGACACAAAUAUUUGAAGUCCAAGGACAUCGUAGAUGUCUCGCUGAGUUUUCAGUCGCGUCCUAAUUUUGCGCGAAUCGAUAUUAUUUACGAGCACGUUAAAACCGAUAUUUUAACGUACUAUCGGCUGUCACGCCGGAAGGAUGCUCGAUACGUCCGUCGUGUCGCGAUAGAUUGCGCAUUAACCGUAGAAUAAUUCAAGGUACUUCGGUCUUUCGCCGUGUAUCGGUGCUUGUUGAUAACAUUUCCUGACAAUUUCCGAUAAUAUUCUCGAAAAGCGAUAUCCUCUCACUAUUAACGCGUAUUCUCUAAAUGAUGAAUACAGUAAUCAAACUGUCAAUCAAAAAUCCCGAUUAUAUCGCAAAGUGAGACACGCGGAAGAUUCGGACAGCACGAAUCGAUCGAUUACUCGUCGAGUGAACAAUAUAGUUUUUGUUGUUAUGAGACUGCGAUACGUAUGUAUAUAACUGUGAAAACUACAGUUUUUAAUGUUUUCGAGCGUGUAGAGAGAAACUCGUCUAGGAAGCUAGUAGUACACCCUACAUAUCCUUGUAAAUCGCCUAUCCUAGCGAUAAUUGUUCAAUAGAAGUUACGUAGUUCUACGGCAGAUGAGUUUAAAUAAUGAAGCUACUCUUAAGGGAAUUCGGAGCUUAUAGUGUAAUUUUAUUUUCUCCCGAAUACACACACGUAAAGUCGUUUAAAACUUAAGAUUAACAUUUAAAACUAAGGUUUCAAAUUUUCCGGAGAUGCGCAACGGUUUUCCUGAUUCCUUCGAAGAACUGCGUUACUGAGAGAAACAGCUGUUGUGUGUAUGCGUAGAUACUAUAUUUUUAUUCCACAAAAUGUAACUUUUUACGAAGAGAGAAAGAGAGCUUGAUAUCUACUAUUGCGCGAGUUUAUAUAUAACGUAAAGACAAAUUAAUUAAUUCUACAAAAUUAGGUAUCGUCGUGCGGCAGCUAAUUGACAUUUCGGCAUUUUAGCCGUGUCAAAUAUUACACGAGAAUACGCAGCCGUUGUUAUUCGUACACUUAACACCUGUGCGGUAAGAACAACUCAAAAGAACAGAGUUUCCUCACUAACAAAGAAAAAGAUGUAUAAUCUAUUUUCAGCAAUUUCCCUUCGAUUAAAAUAAAUAAUAAAUAAGGCACGAUUGGCUUUACACAUCGAAAGCAAUCUUUACGCCGUGAUAAUAUCUCACUUUUGUCGAAGCUACUAUCUCUGGUCCCCUAGCAAAUCAAAAGACAAUCUGUCCGUAGCAAGCGGCAAGAAUUUGAUUGGCGUAACUGAUGGUAAAUAAAAAUGUAUGUACAAUGACGGAUUACUUGUGAAACAAUGUAUUAAGUGCAUCUGAUAUUUUGAUCUUCCUGCUAUUUUUGAGGAGAGUCCGCGAGCACCUCCCACACGGGAUAGAAGUUAGAGUUGCUUGUAUCAUAUUUCGGGAUGUGUCAGCGAUCGAGUAACUACCUCGCAUGAUGCCAUACCACACCGGAACGGAGACUAGGAGUUCGUUAAUUGUUUAGGCGGAUUUGUUUAGGGGAAAUUAGAAAAAAUAUCCUGCGCGCGCAAAAAAGUAUCUUCUAAGGGAAGGGUAACAAAAUAAAAGAAAGAAAUCGCAGAAAGAGAAAUACAGUUAUAACCGUUCUAUCGAGACUCGAGAGCGUUAAAGUUCCGCUAUGAGGCACUAGACGGAAGUUAGAGACGAAAAUCUGUUAAGAUUUACCAUUAGCGAAGCCUCUUAAGCAGUAGAAAAAUUCUCAUUCCUGCAGCAACGAUACGCCUUGUACUUUACAGGGGAAAAAAAAGUGUCGUACACAGUAUAAAGUGGACUAUAACGGUGCAAUAAUGUUAAAUAAGAAUUAGGGAGGUAAUAAAUGUGAUAGUCGUUCCGUUAGAACGUUAGCGCGCCUAUAAGUCUACGAGGAUUAUUUAGACGAGUAUUCAAGCUAUAAUCGCGACUGCACGGUGUGUACAUAUAAAGUUAACUGUAUAAUUGUAUAAAUCGAUACCAAAGUGUAUUAAUAUCAAAGUUAUGUAAUAUCAAAGACAGAUAUUUUACCUGUAAGCGAUCGUUAAAGACGAACAGCUAUAUUUUGACAUUAUGUUAAGCUUAUUAAAUUAUUGUUAGCGACUAUGAAUAUAUCUGAGAUGCGUGUAAGUCGUGGUCGCGAUUUGCAUCGAUAUCACUCUAUCACUGUUGGUCUCUUUUCCGUUUGGAACAUAUAAUAUAUUCAAUAUUCAAUAAAAUUUAAUGUCUUUGAUAAA